GGUGGGCUCAAGACCCUGGAAUCUCAAGAAAUAUGCUUGACAUUUCUGGUUUAAUUAAGCAAACAAAAGACCUUACUAAUGAAAGCCAGCCAUAGCCUCAGAUGGAAAAAAAUAAUAAAUUCACUUCCCUCAAUUGACUUUGUAAACUGGCACAAGCAAAUAAAAAAUGAAGUUUUAAAAAAUUCUUCUUUCAACUAGAGGAUUUCUUAAUUUAAAAAAAAACGUUUUUUUGUAGCCAGUGUUAGGGGAACACUCACCAGACGCUCACAAUUUCCCCUUUUACAGGGCCCAGCAUCUCUUUGUAAUGGGAUUAGUGGGCAUGUGACCAAGCUCACAAUCACAAUGGCCCCCUGUUGCUUUCUGUUCCCUGUCAGUCAAGACGCCGGGGCCUGCAAGAGAGGUCAGGCAGAGAGCACCAGGUCCAGUAAGGAACCAUUUUCCAAACUGGCCAGAAAAUAUUGCAGCCCACCAAACUUUAGUAAGAGUCUGAAUUAUUUCUGGUCUUUAAAACAUGCAGCAGAAAUGACAAGGCAGUAACCAGUUAACAGAAACAAAUAACUCUUUUGUUUGAAAUGCCUCUGGAUUUUCUUUUGAACAUCAUGCGUGUAUACUUGAUUUUCCUUCUUUUUGUUUGUUUUUAGUGUGGUUUAUUGACAAUCAUUUAGCGUGCUGCAGAGAGCAUGCUAGUAGGCAGCAAGGCAAAGGACAGGCGCAGAUUUGACCAAUUCAACUUGCAGAAACCUGUAACAGAAGUUAGAGCCUGGGACAUCUGAGUUUAAAUAAGCAGACUUUCAACCCUAUUUGCAGUGGGAUGUUGCAAGAGAAACUUGGUUGUAGAAUGCCAGCUGCUUAAGCUCACCACUGGACAAGAUGGAAGGGGACCUGGAAAGUCUAAACUCUUCCUCUGAAAAACGCUACUUCCCUGAAUCCCUCGAUUCCAGUGAUGCGGAUGAGGAGGGCAUCGUGGCCUGUGAGGAUUUGGAAGUUAACCCUUUUGAUGGACUGCCGUAUUCAUCACGGUAUUAUAAACUUCUGAAAGAAAGAGAAGAUCUUCCAAUAUGGAAAGAAAAAUAUUCCUUUAUGGAGAAUCUGCUUCAAAACCAAAUUGUGAUCAUUUCAGGAGAUGCUAAAUGUGGUAAGAGCUCUCAGGUUCCUCAGUGGUGUGCUGAAUAUUGCCUUUCUGUCCGCUACGAGCACGGGGGUGUGGUAUGCACACAGGCCCACAAGCAGGCUGCAGUCCAGCUCGCCUUACGGGUAGCAGAUGAAAUGGAUGUUAACAUUGGCCAUGAAGUUGGCUACGUGAUCCCUUUUGAGAACUGCUCUACCAGUGAAACGAUACUGAGGUAUUGUACUGAUGAUAUGUUGCAAAGGGAAAUGAUGUCCAGUCCUUUUCUGGGUAGCUAUGGGGUCAUCAUCUUGGACGACACACAGGAAAGAAGCAUGGCUACUGACGUGUUGCUUGGACUUCUUAAAGGUGUGUUACUAGCAAGACCUGAACUGAAGCUCGUAAUUAACUCCUCACCUCACCUGGUCAGCAAACUCAGCUCUUACUAUGGAAACGUGCCUCUCAUUGAAGUGAAAAAUAAGCACCCAGUGGAGGUUGUGUACCUGAGCGGGGCUCAGAAGGAGCAUUUCCAGUCUGUUUUACACCUUAUCUUUGAAAUUCACCAAUCUGGUGAGAAAGGCGACGUUGUAGUCUUUCUGGCCUGUGAACAAGAUAUUGAAAAAGCCUAUGAAAUUGUUUGUCAAGAAGGAUCUAACUUAAACCCAAAUCUUGGAGAGCUGGUGGUGGUUCCUUUGUAUCCAAAAGAGAAAUGUGCGUUGUUCAGGCCAAGUGAUGAAACAGAAAAAAGAUGCCAAGUUUAUCAGAGAAGAGUGGUGUUAACUGCUAGCUCUGCGGAGUCUUUGAUCUGGAGCAACGCAGUCAAAUUUGUUAUUGAUGUGGGUGUGGAAAGAAGAAAGGUGUACAACCCUAGAAUAAGAGCGAACUCACUGGUCAUGCAGCCCAUCAGCCAGAGCCAAGCAGAGGCUCGCAAGCAGAUUCUCGGCUCAUCUUCUUCAGGAAAACUUUUCUGUCUAUACUCUGAAGAGUUUGCCUCCAAAGACAUGCGGCCACUUAAGCCCGCUGAGAUGCAGGAAGCCAACCUAACCAGCAUGGUGCUUUUCAUGAAGAGAAUAGACAUCGUGGGCUUAGGCCACUGUGACUUCUUGAACAGACCAGCACCAGAAAGUUUGAUGCAGGCUUUGGAAGACUUAGAUUAUCUGGCAGCACUGGACAAUGAUGGAAAUCUCUCUGAAUUUGGAAUCAUCAUGUCAGAGUUCCCUCUUGAUCCCCAGCUUUCAAAGUCUAUCUUAGCAUCCUGUGAAUUUGACUGUGUAGAUGAAAUGCUAACAGUUGCUGCCAUGGUGACAGCUCCUAAUUGCUUCUCGCAUCUGCCACGUGGAGCUGAGGAGGCUGCCUUGACUUGUUGGAAGUCAUUUUUACAUCCUGAAGGAGACCACUUUACCCUCAUCAACAUUUACAAGGCCUACCAAGACAUGGCGCUGAAUUCCACCAGUGAGCACUGUGUUGAAAAGUGGUGUCACGAUUACUUCCUCAACUGUUGUGCACUCAGGAUGGCAGAUGUUAUCCGAGCUGAACUCUUAGAAAUCAUCAAGCGAAUCGAGCUUCCCUGCACAGAACCUGCUUUUGGCUCAAAGGAAAAUGCUCUGAACAUAAAAAAAGCUCUUCUGUCCGGUUACUUCAUGCAGGCAAGAAUGGAUGAGGCCACCGCUGGCGUGGACUUCACACAACUUCACAUACUUAGGACAGUCUGUCAGGAAUCUCUCACUUGGGAUGAUUCUUUUAAUUGAUGUUAACUUUAAAAUAAAACUAAAAAUCUUAAUGCUAUUAAAUAUUUUGUAUUUAAAAAUACUUCCCUUCAAGGGGAUGAAGGGCUGAGCCACACUACUGUGUCUAGGACAGAUCUUUUCAUUACAGAGGGAAAGUUAUUACACCAGCCUCUCUGGUUGAACAUGAGAUAUAGUCCCUCAUCUUCCUGUUCGCAAACUAGUUCACAU